AUGGCAUCUCUUUCUCGAUCAACCCUUCGGCUGCGCGCCGCUACCCGGCUCCCUACUGCAGUCCGCUCGCUCUCGACCACCCCGCACUUGCGAGCAGCGGCGAAGCCUUACUUUGCUGAUGAACCCAGUGCUCCCACAGUGGCCACGGCCAUCCCCGGGCCCAAGAACAAGGCUGCGACUGCUGAGCUGGACAAGGUCUUUGAUGUUCGCAGCUUGAACAUGUUGACGGAUUACACCAAGUCCAUUGGAAACUACAUUGCUGAUCUUGAUGGCAAUGUCUUGCUCGACGUAUAUGCUCAGAUUGCCUCCAUCCCCGUUGGCUACAACAACCCCCACCUGCGCCAGGUCGCCUCAUCCCCGGAGAUGAUCACCUCGCUGAUCAACAGACCCGCUCUGGGAAACUUCCCUUCGGCUGAUUGGGCUGACAUCUUGAACACUGGUAUGCUCAGGGUCGCCCCCAAGGGUCUCAACCAGGUCUUCACUGCCAUGGCGGGUUCCGAUGCCAACGAAACCGCGUACAAGGCUGCCUUCAUGUACUACCGUCAGCUGCAGCGUGGCGGCCCUCAGGUUGAAUUCACCGAGGAGGAGGUCGAGUCGACCAUGAGAAACCAGUCCCCUGGAUCCCCUCAGCUGUCGAUCCUCUCCUUCAAGUCUGCCUUCCACGGCCGUCUCUUUGGCAGUCUGUCCACCACCCGCAGCAAGGCCAUCCACAAGAUGGAUAUCCCCGCCUUUGACUGGCCUCAGGCUUCCUUCCCCUCCCUGAAGUAUCCCCUGGAGGAGCAUGCUCAGGAGAACGCCCAGGAGGAGCAGCGCUGCCUGCAGGAGGUCGAGCGUCUCAUCAAGGAGUUCCACAACCCAGUCGCCGCCGUCGUUGUUGAGCCGAUCCAGUCCGAGGGUGGUGACAACCACGCCUCGCCUGCCUUCUUCCAGGGCCUGCGCGACAUCACCAAGCGCCACAACGUGCUCUUCAUCGUUGACGAGGUGCAGACUGGUGUCGGUGCCACCGGCAAGUUCUGGGCCCACGACCACUGGAACCUGCAGACUCCUCCUGAUAUGGUGACCUUCUCCAAGAAGGCCCAGACCGCCGGCUACUACUACGGCAACCCCGCUCUGCGCCCCAACAAGCCUUACCGCCAGUUCAACACCUGGAUGGGUGACCCUGCCCGUGCUCUGAUCUUCCGUGGCAUCAUCGAGGAGAUCGAGCGUCUCAACCUGGUGGAGAACACCGCGGUGACUGGCGACUACCUCUACGCCGGUCUGGAGCAUCUCGCCCAGAAGUACCCCGAGCACCUGCAGAACCUGCGUGGUAAGGGCCAGGGUACCUUCAUCGCCUGGGACACCCCCAAGCGCGAUGCCUUCCUCGCCAAGGCCAAGACUGUCGGUGUGAACAUUGGUGGCAGUGGUGUGGAAGCUGUCCGUCUGCGGCCCAUGCUGAUCUUCCAGCAGCAUCAUGCUGAUAUCCUCCUCGAGAGCGUCGAGAAGAUCAUCAAGCAGCUGUAA